AUGCUUAGCUUUGCAUGCAAUCAUCGCACUAAUUCAAUACGACAGCCCGAGGACAUCUUUGGUCGGCCCCGGGAAGCGUACGGAGAGGCUCUCGCGACUUAUGGUCCAGUCAUCGGCGUGCGACGCAAGGGCAACCUGGAAUACAUCGUGAACCACGAGUAUGCCCGAUACGUGCUCACCUGCGACCGUCUCUUCAGCUUCGAGCAGGGCUCAGCGGCGAUCAUGAACUUGCAGCCAAUCAUGGCACUCACGGAGGGCACCCUCUUCCGGGACCUGCAAGACUUCGUCAGGGACGGCAUCGUUGCACGCAUCGAUGAGAUCGUAUACAGGAUCUGGCCCCUGUUCGAGAGGGACUCGAAGAGCUUCGUCGAACGCGCUGCCGAGGGCAUCAAGACGGGACAGCACCCAAGCUGCUUCGACCACUUCCGUGGGACCAUCGCUGAGACUACGCUCAUUCUGCUAUUUGGCCAGGAUUAUGUAACUCAUCGCAACCUGGAGGUCGUGGAGGAGGUGUCGAACGGCAUGGCGGAGCUCACAGGCCAAUAUCAGAACUUCUCUCUCAUUGGGAAGUAUAUCCCGAUGCUGUGGAUCGUUUAUACUUGGAUCAAGGUCAUGCUCGUGAGCAUCCCAUUCGGCUUCAUGCGUACGUAUGGUCCCAAGGUCUGGCGAGACAUCGAUCGCUACCAGAAGAUCGCCACAUCCGGGGACACCGCGCCGGAAGACGAGCCCCGGAAUGUUCUUUAUCUUAUUGUCAAGACAUACACGCCGCAGGACGGCAGUAGAAUUGGAGUUUUCCGUCGGCUAUACAUCGCUAUCCUCUUGCUGUGUUUGAUUUUCGCUGCUGUUCACACGACCACCGUCGUCUCGCAAUGGGUGCUCUAUCAGCUUGCCAUGCGCCCAGAGUAUCUUGGACCGCUUCGCGAGGAGCUUUCACGCGUUAUGGAAGAGGACGAGACUGGGGCGAUGCGCCUUACCGCCGCGUCCCUGCGUGAAGCGCGUCUUCUAGAUUCGUUCAUUCGGGAAGUAAUGCGCCUGAAGGGCGACACCAUUGCCACGAUGCGCUACACCACCUGCGACGUGCCCCUCGGCGAUGUGAUCAUUCCCAAGGGCCACUUCGUCACGCCAAUGGCGACCACCGUGCACGAGAACACGGAGAUCUAUGGCGAGGACCCGCGUGAGUUCAAUGGCUUCCAGUGGGCGGAGCAGAACAAGGAGGCGGUCAUGACCGGCCCUGCCCACAUCGUCUUCGGCCUGGGUCGCUUUGCGUGCCCAGGGCGGGUGCUCGCAAUCAAUGAGAUCAAACUCAUCGUUGCCUCGCUCAUCGGCCGCGCAACGCCCACCCUCCUCGAGGGCAAGUUCACGGUUUCGGACCCCCUCAACACGGUCACCCAACCGCCGAAGGGCACGCUCGUCAUGGUCCCCCUGGAGAAAGCUUACCUCUAG